CUAUCUUUUUUAUCUUUUUCUUCAUUAUCAAGUAACCUGAACAAAGAAACAACAACAAAAACUUCUUCAACAUAUAUACCUGAGAUGACUAAUGAUUCAACCAUGAAGCUUUUCGGGAGAACCAUUUUUCAAAAACACAACACCGAUGUUCCUACCAAUGAUUCUUCCUCAGAAUUUUCUCCUCAUCUUGCUCAUGAAGAUUUCUCUGAUCAUAGUCUUCAUUCAUCUUUAUCUUCAUCUUCUCCACUUGAAGAGAAUUCUUCAAACGAACAUGAUUCAAAGAGAUAUAAGGAACAAUCAAGGAAAGAACCCACCUCAGUACUUGAUUAUGAAGAAGCCUCAAAACAAACCACAGAGGAUUUAAACAUUCCCACCACAUCAGAAACAGAAACUUCUCUACAAAAUUCCACUAAAAUUGAUGAACAAAGUGAUAUGUCCCAGGACAAAGCUCCUAACAAAAUUCUUCCAUGUCCAAGAUGCAAAAGCAUGGACACAAAAUUUUGUUACUACAAUAAUUACAACGCCAACCAGCCCCGUCACUUCUGCAAAAACUGUCAGAGAUAUUGGACUUCCGGAGGAACCACGAGAAGCAUGCUUGUAGGUGCAGGUCGCCGUAAGAACAAAAUCUCUUCCUUAUCUUCCGAUGCCUCACAUAAUUGUCAAAUGAGUACUGUCUUGACCUUUGGAUCAGAUUCUCCUAAUAUGUCUUCAACUUCACUUGCCAAGAAAAUGAAUGUUGGAUCAGAUAAUGAAACAUUUGAUAAGAGUAAUCAGUGUUUUUUUCCUCAACAGUUUCCAUGGAACCCAGCAAUGUGUUAUCCUGUGUCAUUCCAACCCAAUAUAGCAUACUAUGGUGGUUGUUUAGUCCCAUCAUGGAGCGUACAACCUAUUACAACUCAAUCUUGUGUUCCAAGUAAACCUACUUUAGGGAAACAUUCAAGAGAUGGCUUAGAAAAUAACAACAAAGAAAGUGAUAAUAAUAGUGUGUUGAUUCCCAAGACAUUGAGAAUUGAAGACCCUAUUGAGGCUUCAAAGGGUUCUAAUUGGUUAACACUAGGAAUCAAGAAUGGUGGAGGACUUUUCAAUGGAUUUGCAUCUAUGGUUGGUGAUAGGAAUCAUGUGGUUGAAGCAGACUCAUCAGUAUUGAAAGCCAAUCCUGCAGCUUUAUCAAGGUCUUUUGUGUUCCGCGAGAUGAUUUGAUUGUGAAUAUGUUGAACUGACACCUCAGGUUGAAGGCGUGCUCGUACUGAUAUGUAUUAGUGUCCUGUCGAUUCCAUGUCCUGUCUGUGUCUGUGCCAUAGGUAAAUUAUAGUGAGAUAGACUGGUCAGAUUUCAAAAUGUUUCUGAAAUAGAUCAUACGCUAGUAUAGUUGCUUUCUGCUAACUAAGAUUCUUUUCUUUUCUUCUUUAUUCUGAAUCAGAUGACUUUGUUGAGUAAA